AAAACCGAAUUGUAAAAUUAAGCUUGUAUAAAUAUGGAUUUCUGUAUAUUUUGAAGUUUAGCUCAAAUACUUAAUACUACAUAAAAUAAAUUAGAGAGACUUUGUAUUAAUUAAUUAAUGACUUGACGUUGAACUAUGUAUUUUAAUCAUGAUUUUGAAGACUUUUAUUUAUAGUAAAGCUUUAUUUUUAUAAUUGUAUUAGACGCUAAAAAAAUAAUGUAUUAUAAUUUGGAUUUUCGGAUCGGAUCCAAAUAACCGAAUUUUAAUUCAGAUUGGAUCGGAUUAGAUCAAGAGAGAAAUUCGGAUCGGAUCGGAUUGGAAAAUUGAAAAUCGAAUUAUAUUUCGGAUUGGAUCGGAUUUGGACUAAAUCCAAACCGAAAACCGAACGGACACCCCUACGUGAAACUACCAACAUUCGAAUUUCAAUCUUCUUCAACUCAACUAUCAAAUCUUUGUUUCUCCAUUCAACAUUUUCUCAGAUUGUGAGUAUAUAGUCUCUAAACUCACCAAGAUAUGUGGAUUUCUAUAAUUUCUGGUCUUGGAGCUCAGGCAAUUAAGAGAUUGACCCAAGGGAAAUUUGUUUGCAUGCCAAAGGCUCCAUAUUUAAAUGUUUCUUCUUCCCGGGUACAGACUUUGCUUCAGCUUCCUCCCCAGGUGCAUCGAUAUCUUUGUACUACUGCUACUGACUCUUGCAAUGAUAAAAAUGAAGUUGAGCAAACAGUAAGUGUAACCUUUGUUGAAACGGAUGGAACACAGAAACACGCAAAGGUUCCUGUUGGCACAAGUAUGCUAGAAGCUGCUCUUUCAAAUGACAUUGAGCUAGAAGGAGCAUGUGAAGGAUCCUGUGCGUGUUCUACAUGUCACCUUAUCGUGAUGGAUGUGGAUUACUACAACAAACUGCUGGACCCAACUGACGAAGAAAAUGACAUGUUGGACCUUGCCUUUGGGCUAACAGAAACGUCUCGUUUGGGUUGCCAAAUCGAAGCAAAGCCUGAAAUAGAUGGAAUUCGUUUGGCUCUGCCUGGGGCCACUUGAAACUUUGCAGUUGAUGGAAACAUGCCGAAAUCAUACAGCCAUACUGGUAUUACAACAGCUUAGUGCAGCUUAAGUUGAACCAAUUACCAAUUGUGUAAUUUACAAGCCAAUAGAAUAGUCUAUACAGACUACAGAGAGAUUAUUAUUCUGUAGAAUCGUCAAGUGUGAAUGUUUCAAUGUUUUUUACAGAGUAUGUAACUUUAGGCUUGGUAGCAUAAGCUAUAGAACUAUUUCAGUUUUGUUGAGUAAUUGCUACUGGAAUAUAGGAGGGACUCGGGCUUUUUUAUGUACUAGGAAAAUAACUGCGGCAGUGUUUCUCACGAGAAUAAUAAAUUAUAUUUUUCUGCAUAUUAAUUAUCUGUUUUUUUUUUUUUUCAUAGAUAUUUAAGUACUAACUGUUACACUUUAACCCUGGUCUUCUCUACCACAGGCUAUACUGAGCGGAGUGAGUGCUGCCUUGUGUUUAGAUCUACUAUGGCCUCCUGUAAUACUUACUUUUAUUUCGUGGAUGUACUUGUAGAUCUAAACAGCAUUAGACUUUCUAUUUUGACAUGGCUGAAGUCCUCAUGUACCAGUAGCAGGGAAAUCCGAACCACACAACCCUUAACAUGGAAUAGCAUCAUCACACCUUCUCUUUCCAUCUACAUCAGGUCAUCAAAUGCACCAGUUGCAAUUUCUGCAGUAACAAUUCAUUUCUUUUCUUGAGGU